AUGAGGAGCACCCCGCUGCACUACAUGCAGACUCGCUUCCGGCAGGGCUGGGAUGAGGAGGCCCAGAAGCGCCUCAUGCUGCCCCAGAGCCCCGAGGAGGAGGAGUACCGGAAGGAGAUGGCUGUCAAGCACGGCAAGCGGGGCAAGGAGGUAGAGAACCUUCUUUCCAGGAGGAAGGAGGGCAAGCGGAUCCUCUACGAGGUCAAGUGGAAGGGCCUGGACGAUGCCAAGCAGAACACCUACGAGAGCGUGCAGAAGCUGCGGCUCCUCGGGGUCGAGAAGAUGGCCGCCGCACUCGACGACCGCCUAGCCUGUGCAGAAACCGGCUUGAGGCCUCUGAGCACGCGCGAGAUCGUGAAGCACUUGGAGCCCUUCGGCAUCAACGAGGACAUGACGACGCACCGCAUGAUCAGCGGGUUCUCGGCCGGGCAGAAGAGUAAGCUGAUGCUCGGAGCGUCAAUGUGGACGAAACCUCACGUUAUUCCUUUUGACGAGCCGACGAACUAUCUGGAUUUCCAAACCGUCAAGUCCCUCGGUCGUGCCAUCCAGCUCUUCCGAGGAGGCACCAUCGUGGUGACCCACAACGAGGACUUCUUGCAGGCCACCUGCGAGGAGAUUUGGCACGUCGAGGAUGGAUACGUGAACGUCCAGGGGAAGAACGGCCAGAUCAAGGGGCUGUCUGCCAAGAACGAGCAGGCGAGGAUGGCCAAGGAGAAGCAGAAGGCGGAGGCCAAGGUCGAGAGGGACGUGAAGGCGGCGUCCGGCCCCAGCGAGGCCGAGAAGGCUCUCCAGGUGUACCUGGCGGCACGAGCCAAGCUGGGGGCCCCCAAGGCCGACAUCAAGCUCACGGGCAUCGACGUGAGAUCGGUAGACGGCACAGAGCUGCUCGUGGACACCUCCUUGACGCUCAAUCAGGGGCGGCGCUACGGCCUCGUCGGGCGGAAUGGUGCAGGAAAGAGUACUCUUCUGCGCGAGAUCGCCUACUACAAGCUGGACAAGUUCCCGAAGAACCUCAAGGUGCUCAUGGUGGAGCAGGAGGUGGUCGGCGACGACAGGAGGCCAGCCCAGUGGGUGAUGGACAGCGACCUCGAGCUGAAGUCGCUGUUGGCCCAGCAGCGGGAGCUCCAGGCCAGCGCAGACCAGGACGCCGAGGAGCUGAGGGCGCUCGCGCGCCGCCUGGAGGAUGCUGGGGCCAACGACGCCGAGUCCCGCGCCACUCGCAUCCUGAAGGGCCUGCAGUUCACGGACGAGCUGCUCUCGGGCCCCACCUCGGCGCUGUCCGGCGGCUGGCGAAUGAGGGUCUCCCUGGCCUCGGCCCUGUUCGCGCAGCCCGAGCUGCUGUUGCUUGACGAGCCGACGAACCACCUGGACUUCCCCGCGGUGCUCUACUUGGAGGAGUACCUGAAGUCGUUCAAGAACGUGUGCCUCGUGGUUUCGCACGACCGGGGCUUCUUGAACAGCGUCGUCACCGACGUCGUUUUCUUGAACGGGAGAAAGUUGACAUAUUACAAAGGCAACUACGAGACGUAUGUGGAGACGGUGCGACAGACACGUUUGGCCCAAGAGCGGGCGUAUGAUGUGCAACAGAAGGAGAUCGCGCACAUCAUGGAGUUUAUCAACAAGAUCGACAACCGGCCCAAGAUAGUUGCACAGAAGAUGAGCAAGCAGAAGAUACUCGACAACAUGGAGAAGAUCGAGGACCGACGGACCUACGAGCACGAGGCUUUGGACUUGCAGGCCACGUGCGUCGACUGUGUUCAGCAGAAUUAUCCAGGCCUCAGCGACCAGGAGGCACGUGGCGUCCUCGGCAAGUUCGGCAUCAGCGGCGACAUGGCCCUGCGCCGCAUCGUCACCCUGUCCGGCGGGCAGAAGAGCCGCGUUGCUCUGGCAGUCGUCACCUACAAGCAGCCGCACCUGCUAUACUUGGAGGGGGCGGUGCUGGAGGGAGUGCCGUUGCCUGAGCCCGCGAGCUCGUGUCUGCCGUGCCGGGCUGCAGGCGCGAUCCAGUUUGGCACGGCGUCUCGCAAUGCGCUGUCGACAGGUGAGCGACGCAAGCAAAGCACGGGAGUCGUUUGCGCCGACAUUCGCGCGUGA